AUGGACCGUGCUCUAGAAACUGAGGUAGAAAAUAUGUUCUUUUCUAAGGAUGUGGUUCCGCCAGACAGCCUCGAUCACCUUUUUGAAUUCCCAGGGCUCUUUGGAGGUGAGCCCCUUAGUCUAGUCAGCCAGGACCCUCCCCAGAGUCCAGCACUGUACCCAGAGGUGCUGACUGAGGAGUCUACAGAGCAGCAGGAAAUGCAGCCCGGGUUUGUGGUCGGCAGCCCACCUGAGCCGCCCGGGCCAGAGGACAAGGCCCAGACAGGGUCGGGAAUGGAGCUGGAACAAGGGCUUACUGCUCCAGCCGAUUCCUGUGCCAGCUCCCCAGAGCCCUUGGGUGGGCGCCAUGAUGGACCCCUGGAGCAGAGACGACCUAUGCAUGUGAGGAAGCGGCCUUGGACAAAUCCAGAUGACUCAAGCCAGGGUCACCCAGAUGGAGCCAGUAAAAAUGAUUUCCACAGACUGGAGGAGACACGAGUGCCCUGCGGGGUGAAGCUGGUCUUCUCUGGGUCAGGGAUCAAGCUUCUGGGAGCCAUCAGCAGCAGGCAUCCAGGACAAAUCGAACCCCUGGAGGAGUUGGAGGCUAAUUCAGCCAGGGGGAAGAGAAGGCCCAUGACCGGACACCAUGCCCCUUGUCAGAGUGACCCUUCAGAAACUGAGAACUCGGAGCCUCUCCAGCAGACGGCAGAGGACCCAGGUGAGCAGGAGAUGAUGCCUUUGGGUGCUGGAGUGCGAUCCACCGUGGUCCGUGCAAUGCAGGAGGCGCUGUGGACUCGUGCCCAGGAGCUUCCCGACCUGACACUGAGGGAAGAAGAGGUGGAGAGCAUCGCAGAAGGCAUCGAGGAGGCCCUCUUCCACCUGACGCAGGACACCAACCUCCGCUACAAGAACAAGUACCGCAGCCUGCUCUUCAACCUGCGAGAUCCCCGAAAUGUUGACCUGUUUCUCAAAGUGGCUCACUGUGACGUCACCCCUAACGACCUGGUACAGAUGAGCUCGCUCCAGUUGGCCUCCAAGGAGCUGUCCCGCUGGCGGGACCAGGAGGAGCAAAGGGGCCUGAAUAUCAUUGAGCGCCAACAGAAGGAGCUGUACAGACUUCCUGCCUCCAAACUGACUCACAAGGGCGAAGUAGAGAUCCCACGGGACUCGGACCAGAUGCUGACCUUGGAAGACCUGAUGGAACCCAUUGUACCCAGAGAGUGCAGCCUGCAGGCCCUGACGACCCCCCUGGAGGACACCGCAGAUUGGCACCGGCACCACCUCUGUGACUCUAACUGCCAAGCCUGCCCGGGUGGGGAAGAAGGCGUGAAGGCUGACGGUGGUAGCCAGCCGCAGCUCCAAGCGGGCAUCAACCACAACAUGGAGGAGAAAUCCUCAACUGAACUGCCAGUCUUCUCGGGGGCCAUUGUGAACAGGGAGGAAAAUGCCAUCCCCAAAGCCCCAAAUCCAGCUCCUGCAUCCUCUUCAGAGGUGCUCAGAGUUGGGGAGACACCCUCCAAGGAACCACAGGACAGGCUCCAGAUGCCUACUGGGCCCAAAAAUGCCCUGCCCAGCCCCCCACUCUGGGAGGGCUUACUGGCCAUGUUCUCCAUCAAGCACUUUCGGGCCAAGGCACAACUGAUCUCGGGGCACAGCUGUCAGCUUGUCCAGGCUCUGCCAGAGGUCAUUCGCUCAGCAGGCCGCCUCCCUCCAAACCAUGUCUGGGAUCUUCUAGAUAGUAUGGGCCCAUUGAGGGCAAAGGACAUCUGUGUGGUGAGACUGUGUCCCCACGGGUCUCGGGACAUCCAGAACUACCGUCUGCUGUACUCCUACCUCAACAAUAAGCAGUGCCAUUGCCUGGCCACCGUGCAGCAUGUGAAAAUGGUCCUUCUGCCCCUGCCUGCCUUCGAGUCUCUGCCAGCCAGGCUGCGCUCCCUGGGGGGCCCAGGUCUUGAAACUACUCACACGAGUCUGUUACUAGCUGUACUGUUUCCUAAGGAAGAGCGUCCAGGCACAGCUAUGUCCAGCCCCGUGUCGACGAACAAGGUCCCAAAGACCGUGUCCUUCAGCAAAAGAGUGGAAAGGAUCUGCUACUCACCGGAGGAUAGGAGAUCAGAGGCCACCUCAUCUCCCCUUGAAGGGGACCCAAAGCAGAGCUUGGCCAAGGGCAGCCUGGCUCCAAGGGGUGUUUGUCCUCCACAGAGCCUCCCCAGAGGCAGGGGGAGGCAGCACCCUGGGCGGGGACAGUGGUCUGCAGAAGCAGGCUGGCUCUACUCCCAGUAUCCCAAUUCAGCAGGUGCAGUGUUCCCUGGCAUUGACCAAGGACAGCACCUCCACAGGGCCUCCUGUUUCCACCAUGACCUACUCCAGCACCUCAAGGUCUUAGUGACCAUGAGUCACCAGUUCCAGGCCUCACUGUGGCCCCAAAGCCAGGAUUCCCUCCUCCCAUCCACUGUAGUAUCUGCAGUUCCAGAUCCCCCUGGGCCUUCUUUGGGCCCCAUGGAUGGAGGUGGCUCUGACUGUCCCCUGCCAGAGGGGACAGACCCUUUAGAACCUCCAGAACAGGAGUGUUGA